GGUCUGCUUUUCAAGGAUUCCCAUCUGUGGCAGGUGUUUUUUAUUCUCAUUCGGUUCUUUUCUUCCUUGUGGAUCUUUCACUCUACACAAAAAGGAGGUUACCUUCAGCUCGCGCUGCUUCUCGAUACGCAUAUGCAUAUAGCCAAUGAUAUCCACGUCGCACACGCUUACCUCGACCCCGCUUUCUAACUGCAUCGGCCGAGCCUGCGCCGGGCCGCGCCGCAUCGCGUCGCGCUGCUGCUGCAUGCGCGAUCCCGUCAACUCGACCACUGGAAGCGUGCCUAUGCGUUAUCGUGGACGGCAUGCUUCUUCUGGCGCGCUCGAGUACACCAUGCUCCUGGGUGCGUCUAGGUGGCUCUGCGCCCGCGGCUCGCAACUAUAUCCAUAUCUGAGCGCGCGACAUGGAGCGCUAAUGGGACUGCUCCGAUAUCUGCCUGUAGAGCCGGUCAGCCAGCCAACCCUAUACAUGUCCCUAACGGCAAAAGAAAGGGAAAAAGUCUUUGCCGACUGCAUUCAUCCCGCCCGGAGAGGGCUCCUCCGUCAGCCAACUAGGCAUCCGCGGGCUCGCUCGCACUCAGCGGCAGCAAGUAGCAUAACGCGGCAUGUCUCGGCAUCGACGGCUCGGCAUCGACGGCAUCGACGGCAUCGACGGCACGGCGCGGCACGAUACGGCGUGGAGACCCCGUGCCGUGGCCGUGGCGGCGGCGGACGGAUGCAAACGUGGUUUGAUGCAGAGAUCCAAGCAGGGUAGCGAGCUAUGUGGUGGGGCAGGGACGAGGGGGGAGAGAUGGCUGCGGACGCUUGUCACCGCUCCCGCUAUGACUGACUACGAUCACCACCGCCGCCGAUGCUCUGCUCAACCCGCACUGUAUGGCCUACAUACAGUUAAGAGUAAUAUAUGUCACGCCGGCUCGUAGGGACCUGAGCAGGGGGCGUGUCAUAUACAGCCAAUAAAAAACCAUCUAAUCAACCAAUAUCUUGCUCUCAUUCGUUCAGUCGUGUGUUGUUCGUGAAUC